AUGAUUGCCAGACUCCGCUGGCUCGUCACGGCUGUGGCGGUAGCCCUCAACUUGUUUGUGUACUUUUACCCUGACCUCGUCAAUUCUCCCGGUCAGUGCCUGUGGAAAGGUGAGAUCGUGGAAUCCAAGUACCCACUCUUGAACGAGUACUUGCCUUUGGACAAUGUGUAUCUCCAAGCGUUGCUUCUCAACUUUCCGUCACUUCGAGCCCCAAGAAACAAUGCUACACACAACAACGACAAAGUUGCUGAUAUACACAUGCUAACGUUCGGAGACCCGCAGAUCAAUGGAAACUGGGCAUCUACAAAGUACAUUAAGAGACUCGACAACUACGGAAACGACUACUACUUGGGCCACAUCUACAAGAUUAUGAAGGCAAGGUUGGAGCCUUCGCACGUGGCGGUCAUGGGGGACCAGUUCUCGUCGCAGUGGAUUCUUGACUCGGAAUUCUACAAUCGGACGUUGCGUUUUGUAGAACGUCUUUUCCCCAGAGAUGACGACUAUAAGAGCACGGUGGUGGAGACCUGGGCAAAACACGAGAACUACGACUGGCAGGCGUGGCUCGAGCGUGAAAGGAACAUGGAUUUGGGUGUGAGAUUUAACCUGAGAAAGUACGACGAUGUCUACGAUUGGGUGCAUCCAAAUCAGAAAGAGCUCAAUUUGCAAAAUCCGUUAUUUAUCAACUUGACAGGAAACCAUGACAUCGGGUACAGCGGAGACGCAACGUGGCAGCAUAUGGCCAGGUUCCAUCAUCUUUUUGGACAGGAUAAUUACGUUAUCACGUACAACAAGGGCGAGCCUGAAGAGUGGAGGCUAGUCGUGCUCGACUCUCUUACGUUGGAGGGUCCAGCUUUGGAAGAGGACUUUCUCAAAUUUACUUGGUCUUUCUUGGAGCACUUGAAUGAAACAAACAGGGACUUCAAAGGCUCUACAGUUUUGUUGACUCAUAUUCCCUUCUACAAGGAAGAAGGCAUAUGUGUGGAUGGGCCAGAGCAUAGAUAUUAUGAGAACUACGAAAAAGAACCUUACAAAAACGGCAAGCUUCGUUCACAAAACCACCUUCUUCACGAAACGUCUCAGAAAGUGUUGAAUAUUGUAUUUCCCAACACUGACAAAGAAGGUCUCAUCUUGACUGGUCACGAUCACGAAGGAUGCUCAUCCUACUAUAAUCUCGUGGACGGAGAAUGGGUGGCUUCUAAAGAGCCUAUCCAGGAUGGUGCCGCUCGACCGAUUCACGAGGUGGUGGUAAGGGCAAUGAUGGGAGAAUACGAUGGUCAGACUGGUCUCGUCACUGGUCAGUUUGACUACGACAGACAAGAGUGGAAGUUCGAUUUCAAGUACUGCUCGUUUGUGGUACAGCAUUGGUGGUGGGCUUCGAGAGUCGCUGCUCUAGUAGCGCUUCUUGUUCACCUGAUUGCAUUUUUAACGAAGUAA